AGUGAGAAAUCAAUUGUACCGAUGUUAAAAAUAUGACGAGAGAAAUUGACUUCGUAACUCCGAAGUAUAGCAUUGAGGAAGCCUUUGAGAACAUUGCAAUAAAUCAGCUGUUAUUGAGACGACAAGAGGUAUUUAUGCGAUAAGUAGAUAAUGAUCGGCGUAAAUUUGUGCAGCGGUGAAAAGGUGUCACGCUCGCGAAUGCGCGCGCUUGUGCUCCGCAUCCACCCUUCCGCUAAGUCGAUAAGGCAGAAUGGUGGGAAAAUUAAGUUCUGUUUUUAGUUUGCUUCGGUCUCUCGCACGCUCGACACGGUAGUAUACGGCGACAGUGCGGAGCAUCGUAUCGUGUCGCGUUCGCCGAAAAUAAAUUCGCCAUACAGACGAGAGAGACAGUGGUAGCGUAGGUAAAAAGCACCGGUCAAACGAUGAAAGGUAAGUCAACCUGCGACUCGGACGACUCUGUCGUGAAUUAUCCAUGCGUGAGAAAGCUCGACCGAGAACAAGUGCUAAAUAUACACUUGAAACGGCCGUGACAGUACGAAUGAAAAGCGUGUCUUUAAUUACAUCAUCGGGAUGCACACGCCGUGACGAUUGCUUAGCCGAAUGCAGUUUUCGCGAGGAUCGAAAUUGUGCGUGUCUCUGCUGUUCUCGUCGUGACCGCAAUUUAACACUGCGUGAUUUAAACAGUCUCGUGCCGUUGGAUGCCAUCCAGGAGGCCAUGGGCCACAUGGGCCCAUGGCACAUUGUGAUCGCGGUAGCGAUCUCUCUCGUCAAAUUCCCCGUAGCCUGGCAUCAACUCUCCAUCGUGUUCCUCGCACCGCCCACUAAUUUUACGUGUGCCACGCCGUUAUCAGCCAUAAACGAAUCCAUGUUUAUGAGAUGCGAGGUGAAUGUAGGAAACGGCACUGUGGAAAAAUGUACCAGCUUUAGAUAUGACAGGCGAAUAUUCCGAGACAGUAUUAUAACGCAGUGGGACUUGGUGUGCGAUAGAGAACAAUUAGCGAAUGUUGCGCAGUCCUGUACAAUGUUUGGCGUGCUAGUUGGCAAUUUAAUCUUUAGCAUGAUGGCUGACAGAAUUGGCCGGAAGAAGCCGUUGAUGAUUGCAAUAGCCUUGCAAUCGAUCACAGGAUUCGCGAGCGCGUUCGCACCGUGGUACGAAUUGUUUUUGGUACUGAGAUUCAUCUGCGCCUUAGCCACUGGUGGAACGAUGCUCGUCAGCUUCGUCUUGCUUAUGGAGAUUAUUGGGGUUGAAUGGCGGUCGACAAUGUCGGUUCUGUUCCACGCGCCAUUCUUGUUCGGGCAUCUCAUGAACCCGUUAAUAUCCUAUUUGACACGAACAUGGUCAGGAUUCCAAAUGGCCGUCUCGAUACCUUCGAUUUUCCUAUUAGUAUAUUAUUGGGUCAUCCCAGAAUCUCCGAGGUGGUUGUUGGCUAUGGGCAAACCCAGACAAGCAGAACAGAUUCUUCUGAAAGCCGCCAAUCGGAACAAGAUACCAAUGGAGAACGUGAAACUAGCCCUCGAGACUCACGAAAGUCAGGCGGCGGUCCGACUGGGGAAGAACAACGAGAAAUACAAUAUUACACAUUUAUUCAGAACUCCGAAUAUGAGACUGAAGACGAUAUGCGUGGCGAUCAACUGGUUCGUCUGCGGCAGCUGCUUCUUCGGUUUGGCGCAAUACAUGGGUUACAUCGACGGCAACAUAUUCAUUAACAUCGCCAUUUCAGCCGCCAUGGAAUUGCCGGGAACUGUGAUAGUCUUGUUUCUAAUAUCACGAGUUUCUCGUUUGAAGAUCUUGAUAGGCGGGAACAUCCUGUCCGGUGUGAGCUUGUUGCUAAUAACUCUGGUGGCCGAUACGAAUAUCCGAGUAUUUUUAGCUUCGCUCGGUCUCGUAGGCAUGGCCAUCAGUUUCCCCACCAUAUACUUGUACAGCGGCGAAGUAUAUCCGACCGUCGUGAGAAACGUUGGCGUUGGUUUGGGAAGCAUUGCCGCCAGGAUCGGAAGUAUUAUCGCACCGUACAUAGCGACGAUGGUUAACAUCCAACCGUGGCUACCUCCAGUAAUAUUUGGCGUAGGACCAUUAAUAGGCGCCGUGCUCUGUCUACUUUUACCAGAAACAAUGAACUGUGAAUUGCCAGAGACGAUAGAAGACGGUGAAAAUUUUGGAAAGAAAAAAGGUAAAGAACGUGCGUCAACGUGAUGGUGUACAAAAUGUGUAAUGAAUGGUAUACAAUAGCUUCUGGUAAUUGGAAUUUGAAUGUCAUGUGAUAUCAAAUAUUAAGAUGGCGCUUUAAAGCUUAUCUAAUUAGGAUCUAAUUGGUCUGUAUUAUCAAAGUAUCGAAUCUAAUAUCUUGUCUCUGCAAAAGAGAUUGAUGAUGGUCUAUCACACGUUUUCUCGAAUAUAUCAUAAUGUAAUUGAAAAACUUUGUGCUUAAAAAGAAAGGAAACUUUCAUAUAUAUUUAUAUUGUUAUUGUAUUUAUGUUGUUAUAGUGUUAAAAUUUUAUACCAUUCAAGCGUUUUACAAGCAAAUUAAAUCUUUUUGCGCGAUUUACAUUAACAAUUUAUACUUUCACAAAUAUUUAACAAUAUUACCUCUUGGUUCGAAAUCAUUACAAAGACAAUAUUCACAAUGAACAUACAUAGUGUUUAUUUGAGAUUCAAAUAUACAGCAAGAAUUUUUUUACUUACUCAUUGCCGCAAUGUCUAUAAUAAAUGUACAAUUAUUACUAUAACAUAU